AUGGACCUGCAAUCCGUCCAAGAUCUCAAAGGUGUCUUGAGGAGCGACUUCUUUCAUGGUUACGCCACCGCGGCGGCCCAGGUGGAAGGGGCCUGGAAUAAAGACGGUAAAGGCCAAUCGAUCUGGGAUACUUUUGCGCACACACCUGGUAAGGUAAAGGACGGAAGCACUGCCGACGACGCGGUGCGCUCGUACGAUCUGUACAAGGAAGAUGUGGCGCUCAUGAAGUCGUAUGGGGUCAAUGCAUACCGCUUUUCCCUCUCUUGGUCUCGCAUCAUUCCUCACGGAGGGUGCGACGACCCCGUCAACGAGAAAGGGAUAGAAUACUAUUCGAAUCUCGUUGACGAGCUGCUCCGUAAUGGCAUCACACCGUUUGUCACGCUCUUCCACUGGGACACGCCGCAAGCCCUGGAGGAUCGCUACGGCGGCAUGCUGAACCAGGACAAGUUCGUGCCGGACUUUGUCAAUUACGCUCGAGUUUGUUUUGAGAGACUCGGCGACCGCGUCAAGCAUUGGAUCACAUUCAACGAGCCUGGUGUCUAUACGCUGGCUGGAUAUGCGGCCGGCGUUCACGCACCGGGUCGCUCCUCUUUCCGGGACCGCAACGAGGGGGGUGACUCGUCCACCGAGCCAUUCAUCGUAGCGCACACGGAGCUGGUCGCCCACGGACACGUGUCCCGGCUCUACAAGCAGGAAUUUCAGCCCCAUCAGCAGGGGACCAUCGGCAUCACGCUUCACGGGAACUGGUCCGAGCCAUGGGAUGAAGCCAACCCGCUGGAUCAAGAAGCCGCUGAGCGCGCGCGCGAGUUCGAGAUUGCCUGGUUCGCGGACCCGCUCUACAAGACGGGUGAUUAUCCGGCCUCUAUGAGGGCGCAGCUGGGUGACCGUCUGCCCAAGUUCACGCCGGAGGAGUCGAAGCUGGUGCUUGGGAGUUCCGAGUUCUACGGCAUGAACACGUACACGUCGUUCUUCGUCAAACAUAAGACCACGCCUGCGGACAUUAACGACCACAAGGGGAACGUGGAGAUCCAUGAUUCCAACAAACAGGGUGUCCCUCGAGGCGAAGAGAGCGACACGGAGUGGCUGCGAGCUGCCCCCUGGGGCUUCCGAAAACUUCUGAAUUGGAUCUGGUCACGGUACCAGAUGCCCAUCUACGUGACGGAGAACGGGACGACAGCCAAGGGCGAGACAACGGCUACACCUGGAGUUCUCAACGAUCAGUUCCGCAUCAAGUUCUUCGAGGGAUAUGUUGGGUGGGCACUAGCUCGUGCGGUCAAGGAGGACGGCGUUGAUAUCCGCUCCUACUUUGCCUGGACAUUCACCGAUAACUGGGAAUGGGCUGCGGGCUAUACCGAUCGGUUCGGGUGUACCUUUAUCGACUUUGAUUCACCAGAUAAGACUCGGUACCCUAAGCAAUCUGCGUAUUACCUUGACAAGCUGUUUAAGCAUCUGAUCAAGGAUUCUUAA